GAGAAGGGGGCGAGGUGCUGUGAACACGUCCGAAAGAGAGAUGGCAACGUCAACGCGCAUAUUGAUGAGCCCAUGGAACAGUCGGAUGUGAACGCGCUUUUUCCUUACGUUGGUGAUCGACCCCCCACGUUACCAUAUCUAAUCAACUGCCAUCGAUCGGCGCAUCUCACCUCGAGAGACAGAAACCUAAGCGGACUCUACGAAAAUUUGCUCAAGUGCUCUCCUUUCGGUGUUAAGGAGGGACGAGAGGAGACCGUCUGCGCUUCUCCGCAUCAUCCUCUUCCUCGCGUUGCCGAUUCCCCAUCACAAUGGCUCUGACCAUUUGCACCAGAUUUACGGACGAAUAUCAGCUUUAUGAGGAGCUCGGAAAGGGAGCGUUUUCUGUUGUGAGACGAUGCGUGAAAAUAUCAUCCGGCCAAGAGUAUGCUGCCAAAAUCAUCAACACGAAGAAGCUGUCUGCCAGGGAUCACCAGAAGUUGGAGAGAGAGGCCAGAAUUUGCCGUCUCUUGAAACACCCGAAUAUUGUGCGACUUCAUGACAGCAUAUCGGAGGAAGGCUUCCAUUACCUAGUUUUUGAUCUGGUUACCGGAGGUGAGCUGUUUGAAGAUAUUGUAGCGAGAGAAUAUUACAGCGAAGCUGAUGCCAGUCACUGCAUUCAGCAGAUUUUGGAGAGCGUUCAUCACUGCCAUGUCAAUGGGAUCGUCCACCGGGAUCUGAAGCCUGAGAAUUUACUGUUGGCCAGUAAGAUGAAGGGAGCUGCAGUUAAGCUUGCUGACUUUGGUUUGGCCAUUGAGGUCCAGGGUGAUCAGCAGGCAUGGUUUGGUUUUGCUGGUACACCAGGUUAUCUGUCCCCAGAGGUUUUGAGAAAAGAUCCUUAUGGCAAACCUGUAGACAUGUGGGCAUGUGGUGUAAUUCUCUACAUCCUGCUUGUUGGAUAUCCGCCAUUUUGGGAUGAAGACCAGCAUCGCCUCUACCAGCAGAUCAAGGCUGGCGCCUAUGACUUUCCCUCCCCUGAGUGGGACACGGUGACCCCCGAAGCUAAAGAUCUGAUUAAUAAGAUGUUGACCAUCAACCCUUCGAAACGCAUCACAGCUGCCGAAGCUCUCAAACACCCAUGGAUCUGCCAACGCUCAACUGUAGCCUCCAUGAUGCACAGACAGGAGACCGUUGAGUGCUUGAAGAAGUUCAAUGCCAGAAGAAAGCUCAAGGGUGCAAUUUUGACCACUCUGCUGGUCACAAGAAACUUCUCAGCCAAAACCUUGUUGAACAAGAAGACAGAUGGUGUGAAGGUUAACAACAAAACCAACCUAGCCAGCAGCCCCAAAGACACAGGCCCCGCCCCAGCACUGGAGUCUCAAGAAGAUCCCACUCACACCCUAGACUCUCUAUGUGUUUCAGCUCGAAAGCAGGACAUCAUAAAGGUGACCGAGCAGUUGAUCGAGUCCAUCAACAACGGCGACUUUGAGGCUUACGCAAAGAUUUGUGAUCCUGGUUUAACUUCCUUUGAGCCAGAGGCGCUGGGAAAUUUGGUGGAGGGACAUGAUUUCCACAGGUUCUACUUUGAUAAUGCAUUGUCUAAAGGUAAUAAACCUGUACACACUAUCCUACUGAACCCCCACGUGCACCUGAUCGGCGAGGACGCGGCAUGCAUUGCCUACAUCCGUCUGACUCAGUACAUGGACGCGAGCGGGAUGCCGCGCACCAUGCAGUCAGAGGAGACCCGUGUGUGGCACCGCCGAGAUGGAAAGUGGCUGAACAUUCACUUCCAUCGCUCCGGAGCCCCCAGCGUGCCCAUCAAGUAA